AGCAGCGAAGUGAUGGCGUCCGAGUCCGCGCUGCCGUCCCCUCCGCCGUUCCUGGCCGCGACGCUCGUGCUGCGGUCCCGGGCCAUCUUCGCGUCGCUCGUGCAGGACUCGGUCACGGCCUUCCUGGACUCGGCGGUGGAGAUGGAGCUCUGGCAGGCGUGCAAGAUGAACUCGGCGGCGCUGCUGGAGCACAUCUGGCAGGGCUCUGCGCCCGAGACGGAGCCGUCCCCGGCCUCGCUGGGCCCCGGCAACGGCGGCCGCUGGUCCCGCAGGAAGUUCCUGCGCACGGACAGACACUACAGACGCUUCCAGUUCCGUCGGGCCAUCGUGGAGGCCGUGAAGCAGGACAAGGCCAUGGAACUGGCGCAGUGGCUCUAUGCGCACUUCCACGGCUGCAUUGGCAACGUCGUCCGCUGGGGACGCCACGACAUGGCCAGAGCGGCCGAGAGGAAGGACAACAUGCACGUGGUGCAGUGGCUACACGACAACACGCCGCGGGUCCCGCGCUGCAUCCGCGCGGCGCUGUUCAACGCAGUGCGCAACGGAGACGUCAAGAUGCUCCGAUGGUUCUGUGCCGAGUACAGGACCCGCGUGGCAGCGCCGCCAAUGGAGAACAUCAUGGAGCUCAUGCAAGAAGACCGCGAGGGGCUCAUGGUCGGCGAGAACGCCAGGGAGUUGCUGUGUGGCAGCCCGCAAGACUUCAUGCGAGAAGCCGUGCUGGGAGGCCACUUGAGUAUGAUGAGGUGGCUGCUGAAGAACGGCUACGCGCGC